AUGAAUGGAAGGCCCGUCUACGAGAGGAUUCUGUCCGAGUCUGAGCUGCUUGGGCAGCUCCCGGAUGAACUCUCAAAUCUCAUUCGGUCCUCAUCGGGGACUCAACAGCUCCACGCGCUUGCGAUAGGCGCAUUAAAUACCGAAUUCACAGAAAGCGUCUUUCGACUAUACGAACCAAUUGUAGUCGAUUUGGCGGCUCGUUGGCUUCGUCCCGAUAUUCAAGCUAAUCAUGUCCAUAUCCUGAGUGCCUUUGCUCGGGUGCUUCCCUUUGCUCCAUACCUCCGAUCCUUCGCUGGUGAAUUUGCUUUGUCACAGGCUGGACCUCUGUCGGCGUUGGCUGGCUCGAAGGAAUUGACAUUACGACAAUUGGAUCAGAGCAGUGUUCGAACGUUACUUCUCGCCCUCUUCCGCCUUCUUUCGUUUGACCUAGAAACAUUCUCCAAAGCAGUAUCGCCAAUACAACUCCAAUCUUUAUUCCCUCACGAAGAUCGCGUCAUUCGAUAUCUUGCCGUACGAUGCUUUGCCUUAUACAUGCAUGCUGCCGAUGCGGCUAGUGAGAGUAUGAUACGGGUUAAUACUGGAAGCGAUCCUAUCGAAGGCGAAUGGGAAGGAAUUACAAUUGACUAUCGCCUAUUGGGUCUAUGGGAAGAACGUAGAUGGGCAGUGCUUGGCAAGCAAAUUGAAAACGCUAGAUAUCAGCGAUCCGAGAGUGAUGCCAUUAGUUUGGUGGAGCGAUUGCAAGAUUCUCUCACUCCAAGAUCAGCGGAUGUGUCUGGCGUUUUGAUUCCUCGCCUGAAGGAUGCGCCUUCGCAGAGGUCGCCUUCAUCUAUUGUGAAAACCCCAGCGACCACACAGAAUUUGCGCCGAAUCGCACAAUCAUUGUUGAACUUUAAGCCUAUUCUGUUGAUUGGUCUGCCCAACUCGGGGAAAACUUCUCUGAUCAAUGAUAUUGCCACCAUCAUGGGUCAAGGAGAGUCAAUGGUCACACUGCAUCUCAACGAGCAAACAGAUGCCAAGAGUCUUCUUGGAAUGUAUGCCACAUCUUCCACCACAGGUUCAUUUUCUUGGCAGCCGGGUGUGUUGACAAAAGCUGCGCGAGAAGGCCGCUGGGUCUUGAUUGAAGACCUGGAUCGUGCUCCUUCUGAAGUUCUUGGUCUCAUCCUCCCAAUAAUUGAAAGAGGAGAGUUGACUAUUGCAAGCAGAAGAGAGCGUAUUAAGUGUGCUGAAGGUUUCAAGAUUAUUGCUACUAUGAAGUCCUCUUACAACAUUGCAGGUGAGGAGAUUGCACCGAGCUCUUCCAUGCUUGGCAGUCGACUUUGGCAGAGAGUGCAAAUUUCAUCUCUCCCAGUCGAAGAAAUGCGUGAUGUCAUCUUGCAAAAGUUCCCUCUCUUGGAGUCCAGGGUUCCUGUGAUCAUGAAUGUGUAUGGUAAAGUAUGCUCUGCGUUCCAUGGGAGUCUCGCCAUCAGAGGAUCGCAGGGAAGAACACCGGGAUUUCGUGAUUUGAUCAAGCUCUGCAGCCGCUUGCACCGUCGCCUGCAGCGCAUUGGCGCGAAAACUGGCUAUGAAGCUACACCCGAAGCUAUCGACGAUGAAAUAUUCCUCGAUAUUGUUGACGUCUUUCUGAAAUACAUCCCAGAGAGAUCGAUGCAGAGUUCUCUCGCUUCUGUCGUGGCCGAAGCCCUUGAAAUAACGCCUCAGCGAGCACAGUUUUGUCUUCACGAGCGUACUCCAACCUAUACGGACAAGAACAACAGCCUAGUUCUCGGUCGAGAGGUCUGCCAGAAGAUCAAGGUCCCGGCUGGAUCAGGAUUGAAAUUAGCAGCAGCGGCUUCGCGUUUCGCUUCAACAAGGUCAGCUUUGUCAAUCAUGGAACAAGUAGCCGCCUCAAUACAAAUGGCCGAGCCUGUCUUGCUUGUUGGAGAGACUGGUAUUGGAAAAACCACUGUCAUUCAGCAGCUUGCCACUUUGAUGCGCCAAAAGCUCACGGUGGUCAACUUGUCCCAGCAAAGUGAAAGUACCGAUUUGCUGGGAGGCUUCAAACCUGUCAGCAUUCGCACAAUGGCGAUUCCAAUGCUCGACGAGUUUAAUCAACUUUUCGAACUGACUUUCUCUGCAAAGAAGAACCAGAAGUUUUUGUCUUCUGUCUCUAAGAGCGUUGCUUCUGCGAACUGGGUGCGCCUCGUCAAUCUAUGGCACGAAGCUGUGCGAUUGUCAAAUGGAGUAUUCAAGCCCAAAGAGACAGAUAAUAAUGAUGAGCAACCAGCAAAGAAAAGAAAGCUUGACUCGCCCAAGUACCAGCACUUACGACAGCGAUGGGAGAGUUUUGAGUCGCAGCUGGCUGAUUUCGAAGCACAAGUGUCUCAAGGUGAUGCUAAAUUUGCAUUUGCUUUCGUUCAAGGAAAGAUUGUCAGAGCACUUCGCAAUGGCGAGUGGGUUCUGUUGGAUGAAGUGAACUUGGCGUCGCCAGACACACUCGAAAACGUUGCCAGUCUUCUGCAUCAUGGUAGCGAAGGCUCACCUUCUGUUCUUCUAUCUGAAGCAGGUGAUGUCGAAAGAGUCUUUGGCCACCCUGAUUUCCGUAUCUUUGGUGCCAUGAACCCUGCAACAGAUGCUGGAAAACGGGAUUUGCCUCCUGGCCUGCGAUCGCGUUUCACUGAGUUCUAUGUUCAUUCUCCAGACACUGAUCUCGAUGAUCUCCUCGCCUUGAUUCAGAAGUAUCUUGGAGACUUGACUAUCCGUGACCCUCGAGCUGCACCUGAUCUUGCCCAAUUGUAUAUGGCGACCAAGAAACUCAGCAAUGACAAUAAACUCACCGAUGGCGCUGGACAACGUCCCCAUUUCAGUAUUCGAACACUUGUUCGCACUCUCAUUUAUGUUCUUGAACAUGCCCACGUCUAUGGCUUGCGACGAGCGAUCUUUGAAGGUUUCAGCAUGAGUUUCCUGACCGUAUUGAGUCUGCAGUCCGAGCGAGCAUUGGUUCCUCUCCUUGAAACACAUAUCUUCAGCAAUGCGAAGAAUGCUCGAUCUCUUCUUGGACAGACCCCCCAGGCUCCGGCGGAUGGUCAUGACUAUGUUCAAUUCAAGCACUACUGGAUGCGCCGCGGGCCUUUAGUCCCAGAGGAACAACCUCAUUAUAUUAUCACUCCUUUUAUCGAAAAGAAUCUCAAGAACCUUGUGAGAGCAAGCUCAACUCGUCGUUUCCCUGUCUUGCUGCAAGGCCCAACCUCUGCAGGAAAGACUAGCAUGAUUGAGUACUUAGCGAAGGUCUCUGGUAACAAGUUUGUGCGUAUCAACAACCAUGAGCACACAGAUCUUCAAGAGUAUCUCGGAUCUUACGUUUCAUCUGAUGAUGGCAGCUUACGCUACCAAGAAGGUGUCCUGGUGGAGGCGUUGCGCAAUGGAUACUGGAUUGUUCUUGAUGAAUUGAAUUUGGCUCCCUCAGAUGUUCUUGAAGCAUUGAACCGUCUCUUGGAUGAUAACCGCGAGCUCUUCAUCCCCGAGACCCAAGAAGUCGUUCACCCGCACCCCAACUUCAUGCUUUUUGCAACACAGAAUCCUGCAGGUCUCUACGGUGGUCGAAAGGUUCUCUCUCGCGCGUUCCGAAAUCGUUUCCUUGAGUUACACUUUGAUGAUAUUCCUGAGAGUGAACUGGAGUUCAUCUUGAAGGAACGGUCGCAGAUCGCACCGUCAUUCUGUACGCGAAUCGUCUCAGUCUACCGGAAGUUGUCACUGCUACGUCAAUCGAACAGACUUUUUGAGCAGAAAAACAGUUUUGCUACUCUCCGUGAUCUGUUUAGAUGGGCCAUGCGAGAUGCCGAUGACAAGGAACAGCUAGCAAUCAAUGGAUUCAUGCUCCUUGGUGAACGUGUACGAAACCCUCAAGAGAAGGAGGCCGUGAAGAAGGUGAUAGAAGAAGUCAUGAAGGUUCGUCUUGAUGAAAAUGUGCUUUACAGCUCUGCGCAGUUGGACGCCAAUGUUCCUGAGAUGUCCGAGCUGCCUGCCGGAAUUGUUUGGACCAAAGCCAUGAGACGAUUAUUUGUCCUGGUUUCCAAAGCCCUCAAGAACAAUGAGCCAGUUCUUCUUGUUGGUGAGACUGGUUGUGGUAAAACUCAGCUUUGCCAGGCCGUUGCAGAGGCUUUCCGCAGAGAACUAUUCAUUGUGAACGCUCAUGUCAAUCUUGAGACUGGCGAUCUUAUCGGCGCUCAAAGACCAAUCCGAAACCGUGCCGCCAUUGAAAAACAAAUUACCGAUGACCUUCAACUUGUGCUCUAUGGCGACCAACCUGUGUCUGCGUCUCUUGAACAACUGAAACAGGAGCUCUCAGCCCUAGAUGCGCAGCAGCUUCAAGAAAAAGAUUCAUCUCUUUUGCAACGAAUCGAGAAGAACAUCAUCAGGUGCAAUGCUCUAUUUGAAUGGUCUGAUGGUAGUCUUAUCACAGCGAUGAAGACUGGCCAAUUCUUCCUCCUUGAUGAAAUUUCUCUCGCUGAUGACUCUGUCUUGGAACGUCUGAACAGUGUCUUGGAGCCUCAUCGAUCAAUCCUCCUGGCAGAGAAAGGUCCCAUUGAUUCCAUGGUAGUUGCAGAUGGCGGGUUCCAAUUCUUGUCUACUAUGAAUCCUGGCGGUGAUUACGGUAAGCGAGAGCUUUCUGCUGCCCUUCGUAACCGUAUGACCGAGAUAUGGGCCCCGCAGCUGUCCGAAGACGAAGACAUUCUUCCAAUUCUACAAAUGAGAUUGACUCUCAAGGAUGAGCGAGUUGCAAGGUCAAUGCUGCAAUUUGCCAAAUGGUUUAAGGUUACUUUCCAAAAUACCUCUACUGCUUCUCUUUCCCUUCGUGAUUUGCUUGCAUGGGUUGAUUUCGUCAACACAUAUGAGACCUCUGAUCCUCUUUUCGCUAUCAUUCAAGGUGCCGCUAUGGUUUUUGUCGACACGCUUGGUGCCAACCCAGCCGCUAUGCUUGCGAUUUCUCUAAACAAUCUGGAUGGAAACCGACAAAAGUGUCUUGAUAAGCUGAGCGAGCUGUUCAAUGUCAAUGCUUCAACCAUUUACUGGGAAUCUUCAAGUGUCACACUUGAACCUGGAGUCUUGAAGGUUGGGCCAUUCUCGCUUGCAACCACUGGAACAACGGAAGCCGACCCUCAGUUUACCAUGGAUGCGCCUACCACCAUUGCAAACUCAGUGAGAAUCGCCCGUGGUCUUCAAUCGUCGAAGCCUAUCCUCAUGGAAGGAAGUCCUGGUGUGGGUAAGACCACCUUGGUCACUGCUCUCGCUAGGGCCCUUGGCCGACCCCUUACUCGUAUCAAUCUUUCGGAGCAAACGGAUCUCACAGAUCUCUUUGGUUCCGAUGUUCCUGUCGAAGGAGGCGAUGUUGGUCAAUUCAUGUGGCGUGAUGCUCCUUUCCUGAGAGCCAUGCAGCGUGGAGAGUGGUCUGUCUUGGAAGGUCUCAACUCUUGUCUGGAUCAUCGACAACAAAUCUACAUUGCCGAAUUGGAUCAAACAUUUAAACGUCACCCUGACUUUGUCUUGUUCGCUGCCCAAAACCCGCAUCACCAGGGUGGUGGCAGAAAGGGUCUCCCUGCCUCAUUUGUUAAUCGAUUCACGGUUGUCUACGCCGAUAGCUUCACAGAUGACGAUCUCAAAAGAAUUUGCUCGAAGCUCUUCCCUGGAAGCCCCUCAAUUCAAACCGAGAGGCUCGUCGAUUUCAUCUCUGGCUUGAACAAAGCAAUCGUCACUGAGCGUCGACUCGGAGCUGUCGGUGGGCCUUGGGAGCUUAACCUACGAGAUAUCCAACGUUGGCUCCAAUUGGCGGAUCGAGGUAAUUUGCAGAUUUCCACCAAACACUUCCUGGAUAUCAUUAUCAGCCAGCGUUUCCGUUCAGAGGAAGACCGAAAGUUGGUUGCCCAGAUUUAUGAUUCUGUUUUCACUGGUUCCGAUACUGGCUCCAAGAGCUACUUCCACAACCUUACCCCUGAGCAUUUGCAGGUCGGUCUUGGAAUUCUGAAUCGCGAUCGCGUCCUCCAGCGCUCCGUGGAGCCCUACAUGAAGAUCCUACCGAAAGAUCUCCAUAUUUUGGAGUCCCUUGUUUUGUGCAUUGACAACUCCUGGCCCAGCAUUCUUGUCGGCGCCGCAGGAUGUGGUAAAACUACUCUCAUUCGAAAGCUCGCUGCUAUUAAUGGUGCGACUUUGGAAGAGCUUGCUUUGAGUGCGGACACCGAUACCAUGGAUCUGAUCGGUGGCUUUGAGCAAAUUGAUCACCGACGAGAAGUCUCUUCGUUUGUGCAUGAUGUUGAGAUGUUCUUGCGUCAACAAAUCAUUCAAUCAUUUGCCUCCGGGGACGUUUCGGAUGCUGUUGGCUCAGCUCUACAGAUAUGCCAGCAUUUCCAAACUUCCGAGGCCUCCUUGGAAACUGUUAUCUCAUCGCUUUCUGAUCUCUGCAAAUCCUACUCGGAUCCUACUCUUGAGAAUUUCUUGCAGACAGCCCAAAACCUUUGGAACACGAUCCAGCAUUCGGAUAAGAUGAAGGUUGGCUUUGAAUGGACUGAAGGUGUUCUCACACGAGCUGUACAAAACGGACAUUGGGUGGUUCUUGACAAUGCAAACCUUUGCAACCCGUCUGUUUUGGACAGACUCAACUCUCUGACAGAGCCGAAUGGUACCUUGAUUCUCAAUGAACAACGAACUGAGGAUGGAUCAGCUCGCAUCAUUACACCUCACCCGAACUUCCGCAUCUUUUUGACGAUGGAUCCCCGACAUGGCGAGUUGUCACGAGCCAUGCGCAAUCGAUGUGUUGAGAUUUGCUUCAUGUCUAACGAGGUUCAAGAGAUCCCUGCUGUGCUUGGACCGACAUACACCUGCGAAUCAUCUCUCUACAGACUGCGUCAUAUCUGGAACUUGAACACCGAGCUCCCAACCUCUACGUUGAGUGACUUGUUCAAUGUGUGCCUGGAUCACCUUUCUCCAACCGAUCUUGCCUAUGUUGAGAAAUUGUCGGCUGCAUCCCUCCCCUACACUACAGAUUCUGGUCUGAAUGACUUUACUUCCGGUGCUUUGGAGCGAUAUCAAUCAAUUCUUUCUGAAAAGCACGAAUGGAAGCCACUUAAUGCCAUCGCAGGUGAGAUCGUGAUGGCGGGAGCAUCUUUAAGCAUCCAAGGCGUCUUGCAGCCCAUUCACCCUUUGAUCAACGAACCUCUGUUGUCAGUGACAGGAAGUGCCAAUUACCGCUCAAGCCUCAUAAUCCUUGCCAACCUAGAAGAAUUUAAGCUUGAGAUUCAUCGUCUCCGACAAAGUCUAGUCCGAGCAAACGAUUCUGGCAAGCAACUCAAGCCAAGCCAGAUGACAAGACUCGAGCGAUCUUUAGCAUCAAAUCGCAUCCAGUCAUUGAUGAAAGAUACGACACAGCCCGUUGGGCAGUUCCUCAUGGAUUGUGGACAAGCUUUGUACGACUACAUCCAGAGCCUAGACGAGACAUGCCUUCAAUCGCCAGAUAUCGUUGCCGCUAUCCGAACCAUCAUUUGCUUGUGCUGGGACAUUUAUCGUGCCACCGAUGUUGGUGAAGUCUCAGAGGGCGAGUUCCAAGUCUAUCUGGAAUUUGGCAGAAAGGUUUGUGCCUCUUUGCUUGCCUCCUCGCCAUUGCUGGCACCUUUGGAGCUGCCCAUUUCUCGCGCUUUGGCUCGUUUCCAGGCCGGCUGGGCAUUGACGACUGGAUUAAGCAUGCAGAGAAUGUGGGAUGCAUGGCGACAUGUCACACCAGCUUCUCAAGAGCAGCUCAACUCCCUCAUUGAAUUGGAGAAAACUGUAUCAGAGUUCACUGCACUUGCUCUGCAGACAAGAGUCGACAUUUCACAGCUCAGCGCUGUUUGGCAAUCCUUGAUCAAUGCACAGCGCUUCAUUCUUCUAGAAGGAGCUGAUGGAGGAGCCCUGGUACAAAGCUUGAAACAAACUGUGAAUGAACUUGGUCAAGCUGUUCGACGGUCUGACUCUCCUCAAUACCCUUACUUCAAGGAAUCAUUCGAGGCUCUUUGUCAGUACCAUGAUAUCUCAUUCAAUGCCAAUGAAGAGAAGAAUGGAUCAGAAAUUCAAACUGUUCUUCCACUGCUUGCCGGUCGUCCUCCUACCUCACUCCACUCGUCAACCGCCAAUAGCCCUAUUCCUCAAGCUCUCAAUAGGCUUGCACUAUUCACCGGGUCAGGAAACUCUCUUGGCUCUCCUUUCGCUCUGGGGGGUAUUCUAUCUCUAUCCCUACUUGAUAGAUUGACCUCUGUGGGUGACACGACUUUGGGCCAGAUGGAUCUACUCAAAGCUGAAAAACAGGCCUUGUCAAAGGCAGUGUCUUCGAGCAGUCGCCGCAUCGCAGAAGAUCAAUUGCAUAGUUUCAAGCGUGUUCUUGCUCAGCUGGCAAUCGAGCUAAUCCGAUGCCACCAAGAUCUCCUACAGCCUGAGUCAUUCACAAGCUUGAUCUCUGCUUUGCAGACUAUUGAAUGCGGGGACAAUGCAAGCCACUUGGCCUCCAUCCCAGUGGUUCUUGACCAGAACGUCGCGGAUGAUCAUUUCUUCAGAGCCUUUGCGAAUGAUGCACUCCCAGCUCUAAUGCGCUCGUUGGCUUCGGUCCCAGAAGUCACGUUGAACAUCGUCAGCGUCGAGAAGAUGACACGAGACCUCAGCCUUGCUGCAAUUAGACUGGCAGUCAUUCUGCUUCGCUUGUUUGUUCCAGACAAGGUCUUCGAUCCAUCUCUCGGAUUGGUUGUCCAACGCAAGAGACAUUAUGAACGCCUCACUGAGAUUAAGGAAAAGUCAGAGGCGCUUCUAUCAUUCGAAGCUACUUUCUCCGGUCAAACCUCCAAUCUGCGUGCUGCCAUUCUGCAACAGCAAACUCAAGAAUUGGGAUCCGCACCUCCUCCGACAUCUGUUACUCGACCAAAGUUGUCCGAACUCAGCUUGCUGCAAGGUGAAUUUUCUAAUUUGAUAAAUUCAGUCCUUAAUCGCAACCCUGAGCAGCUGGUUCAAUCUAAAGUGGAUGCAUCGAAAACUCAAGAAAUGGUCCAACUUAUGCGGAACAACAUCCAGCAACUCAGUCUGCGACUCAGUGCGCAUUACAGAUCUUAUGACGACAUUACCGUCCCUGUUGUGCGCUUUUUGCAACUUCUUGACACUGGUCUUCUGCUAAGCUCUGCCCACGAAGAUGAGCUUGAUGGAAUUCAAGACAUUCGCUACUUGAGCACCCGUACGCCCUUCUUGGGUGGGUCUGUUCAUCCUGUGUUUGAGACUUCCUCUACUUCCCCCGAAGAGCUACAGCAACAGCCAAGCUCUGGCGAUCUCAUUGAAAUGCGCCUCCAUGAACUUUCAGCGCUCUGGGCUGCCAAGGAUGCCGACACAAACAUUCUCCAGCUGUCAUCAGGCCGCGAUACAAUUCGCCGUGUGUUUGCUGACUUCCACCAGCUUUGGAAAACCAAGCUCAGAGAAGACCAAGAGAAAGAAGCUGAAAAGUCAGAGCUGUACCGUUAUCGAGGAUCGUGGGAGGACGAGGAAGAAGUCAAUGAAGCAGAGCUGCAUGAAUUGUUCCCAACCUUUGAUGAGAAUGCUCCACCAAACGCAGCAGAUGUUGGUCGACUCGACCCCCGUGCUACCGCUUCUCGACUCACCUCUCUGCAUGCUAAGAUUGUGAGCGGUCGUCAAGAUGGAGAUGCCCUUGCUGCAUUUGUUAAGCAAACUGGUCGUCUCUUGGGUUCACUGUGGUCUAAGAACAAGACAGACUUUGCUCCGGUUGUGCCUCAAAAUCAUUUGCCUGCCGUCUUCCUUUUGUUGAAUGACGUUGUUGGCGAGGAAUCGCAAGACCGACAAAAGAACUACAACUUCUACACCGAUUCCAACCUAGCUGAGGCACGCAGACUUGUCAAUCUCACACUCUCUGUUCAGGCGCGAUUCGUCCAAAUUCAGACCGCAUGGCCUGAGCAUGCAGUUCUUCAGGAUGUCAUCACUUGCUGUUCUGAAAUUCUCCAGUUCAAGCAUACCGAGCCCGUUGCCAAGUUCCUCACCAAGGUCGAGAAGCUUCACUCCUACAUUCACGAAUGGCAGCUGGUGGCUAGUCGAGAAUACUCCGCCGUUACCUUGUAUGACGAGAUCACAGCCAUGACUGUCAGCUGGCGCCGCCUUGAACUUACCACUUGGGCCAAACUUCUGGAUAUCGAGAAGGAACGCUGUGAAGAGGAUGUUAGUGCCUGGUGGUUUGUGGCCUACGAAGCCCUCUUAGCUGUUCCACUUCAGAUGGCCCACGAGGGAGAUCAUGAUAUGAGUGAGCACAUCCAUGGUGUUAUCUCAACAUUGGAACAAUUCUUUACCACUACAACCUUGGGUCAGUUCUCUCGCCGCCUCCAGCUUGUUUCCGACUUCCAGGCUCUUCUUUUGAUAUUCGCCAAUGAUUAUCCCAGCUUGGUUCCUCUUGCAUCCGCACUCAGCAAUUUCAUCUCCCACUUCCGGCCAUUCGAACCUCUGGCGCACAAAAUUCUUCAGGAAAAGAGAUCGGCUUUGGAGAAGGAUAUUAAGGAACAGAUCCAACUCGCUAGCUGGAAAGAUACCAACAUCCUUGCCCUGAAGGAAAGUGCCAGGCGAUCUCAUGUUAAAUUGUUCAAAUUGGUUCGAAAGUACCGCGCAGCUCUCUCUCAGUCCAUUCAACCAGUGCUUGAGCAAGGUCUUUCUGAUGUCACCGGAGAAGAGCCCGCUUUCCAACACGGUGAAAAGCUCGUGGCCAGCAUUGUCUUCCCUGAGGCUCUAGCCUCUUGUCAACAAAUUCAGACAUGGUCCUCAAGACCCGUGCGAUUCCAGAAACCCGAUGGCACAGCUUCCAAUAUGUUGAACCUGUAUUCUUCAAUUCCAUCCGAAUUCGAUAUUGCCAAGGAUCUUGACGAAUUCACCACAUCUGUCAUCGAGAGUAUCAAUGAGUUCAAGACUCAGACUCCCAAGACUUUGACCGAAGACAACAAGGAUGACGUACAGCAUCUCAAGGUUCAGAAACGUCGCCUUUACGCUGAAACCUUGAAGCGUGUCUUUGAAAUGGGCGUGAAGCGAAAUGCAGGAAGUCAAUUGAUCGAAACCCAAGUGUCACUUGCUCAGGUUAUUGCCACUUGUGCUGCUUUCGAGUCUGGCUCUUCAACUCCAGGCUCUCUGCUAAGUGCCGAUUCUUACUUCCAUCGUCUGUUGGAUCUUUUGUCUCGUGCUCGCCUGGCAUCCCGGAACUACUCUGAUGAGCUGAGCAAUGUCGAAGUUUCAAGGAGUAUGGGUUCUAUUGAGCACUUGCUGUUCAUCAUUCGACGACAGAGAGGUGUUCUUUCUCCCGCCCUCUCUAGUCUGGGAUCUCUGAAGGAGAUCGUCCACAAAAUGGAAAGUGUCUGGACAGUUGAUGCCACCUCCCUUACCCAUGUCAAUGCUACCUCGUCCAAUGAGCGGGCUGAUAUGGGCAGAACCUUGGCAUGGCUUAUUCCUAUCAUUGGACUCGCGUCCGAAGUUGUCCAAGUGCAUUCCAAAUUCUCUGGAGUGGAUUCCUCUGCCGUGUCCAAGGGACUUCUCUCAAGAAAGGCCGCCUUCGAGGAGCUGUACAAGUCCCUUACCUCCAUCCCAACAUUGCCGUCUGGCGUCAUCACUCUCAAGGAGAAGGAGCUUAUUGAUAAGUCUCAUGCAUCACUGCAUGAGAUUUCAUCAUACAUCCAGCAGAUGGAUGGGGAUCGCCCAGAUCUAUCCUUUACUUUGAGACAGAUCAGCAACUGGGUAGCACUUCCUGUGCGUGCCUCUUCUGGAUCUGCUGACUCGAGCCAUGCCCUCUCUCUUGACAAGUUCGAUAAGAGUCUUCUAGCGGCAAUGGACAAGAUGCUCGUUGGCCUGCAGCAGCUGAAGGAUGUCCCCACCUCAAUUGAUUUCAGUGGACUCUUGUCACGAAGUGAUGAGUUCUUCUCUCGUGCAUCAAGGGCUCUUCAUAUUGAGGAGAUUGCAUCAGCGCUUGGUACUGCUUUGGACCAAAUGCAGUUCUUCACCAUGGAUACCGAUCUCACACAGUCUGCUGCCCUUGUUGCUAGCAUUCUGCCGAUUGCCAACAGAUACUAUGAGAUUUCCAAGGCGCUGGUUAACCGCUUCGCCACUGUUCAUCGUGAGGUGUGCAAGACCUCCUACAUCCUGACCAAGACUUUCACUCAAGUUGCAUCAGAGGGCUUCUGUAGUCCAGCUGAAGCAUCCCAAGAUGAAGGCAAAGAAGGCAAGAUGGAGAGCGGUACUGGUCUUGGUGAUGGUGAAGGUGCGGAGGAUAUCAGCAAAGACAUCGGCGAUGAUGAAGAUCUCUCAGAGCUUGCGCAGCAACCACAGACAGAGGAUGCUGAUGAAGACAUGGAUGAUUCAGCGGAUGCUGUCAACAUGGAUCAAGAAGAGUUGAAUGCAGAGUCUGGAGAGCAUAAAGAAGAGGAGGGUGAAGAUGAGGACAAGGAUGAGGAUGGGGAUGAAGACGAAGAUAAUCUCGAUGAGGAGGUUGGCGACGUUGACGAUCUUGAUGCUGGUGCUGUUGAUGAGAAGCUCUGGGAUGGUGCGAAUGAUGACCAACAAAAGGAGACAGAGAAUGAAGAAGGCAAGGGUCAGGAGGAGGCAGAUGAACAAGCCGCCGCCCAGGAGCAGAAGAAGGAAGCCGAGGAGGGCAAGAAGGGAGAAGAGGAUGGCGAAGAGGAGGAAGAUGACGAGGAGGAUGAAGAAGCUCCAGAUGAUGAAGGUGAAGCUGUUGGUCGUGAGGAUAUGGAAGUCACUGAUCCUCAAACCAAAGAAGAGGAGACAUUGGAACUCCCCGAAGAGAUGCAGCUUGACGGUGAUGAUAUGGACGACGGUGGUGAUGAAGGCGAAGAUGAUGGCAUGGAUGACCUUGAUGACAUGGGUCCUCUGCCUGAAGAAGAAAAUGUUGAAGACAAGGACGAUCAACCUGGCGACGAAGAUGUAGACAUGGCAGCUGACGACCAGGCCCCUGGUGAAGACGAAGAAAUGGGCGAAGAUGCGGAUGCCAACGAAGCCGAGGCUAACGAGGAAGAGGAGGACCAAGCUGGUGGAGAGGAGCCAGAGGAGGCCGAGCAAGAUGAAUUCCUUGCCCAGCGUGAUGAGAAUGAUAAUGCCGCUGAUGAAGUUGCCCCCAGUGAAGCUGUCACUGGCGGAGAAGGUGCCGAUCAAGACCAGAAUGAAGACAAGGGCGAUUCCGGUAAUGCUCAGCAAGACAGCGGCUCGAAUGACCCAACCGCCAGUGCUGAGGAACAAAAUGGUGCUGCCAAGGACAGCGAGGAAAGCAAGCGGAGUCGUGAUGCCGGUGGUGCUGAAGACAGUGCUCCGAACGACCCCCAGAUUCAAGCCUUCAAGAAGCUUGGAGAUAUCCUCGAGCAGUGGCACCGUCGCCAGAAGGAAGUCCUGAAUCCAUCACAGGAAGAAGAAGAAUCUCAGCCUUUGCCUCAGGAUACCGACAUGGCGGACGCUGAUUUCGAGCACCUCAAGGACGAUGAAGAUGAGGCUGAUGCCCAAGCCCUUGGACAAGCGAAUGAGGAUCAGACGCAAUCUCUUGACCAGAACAAAGGUGUGGAAUCCGAUAUGAAGCCUGGCGAAAACGAUAUUCUUCCAGACACCGCGGAGGAACAAGAUGCCAUCGACAACCAACUCCAGGAUCAGAUGCAAAUCGACUAUGACAAUCUCCCCACCGAUGGUCAGUCUGCUGGCGCAUUCAUUCCCGGUGAUCAUACAUCCCGAGACACCGCAGAAGGUGCACCGGGUGCUGAAGAUAUCAAUCAGGAGAUAGAUGAAGUCGACAGCCAGCUCGCGGCUAUUCAUCUAUCAUCUUCCCUUCCCCCAUUGACCCCAGAAAGUGAAGCCCGUCGCCUCUGGUCUCAUUAUGAGUCUGCUACAAACGACCUCUCCCUCUCCCUCACUGAACAACUGCGUCUUAUUCUUGCACCGACUAUGGCUACGAAACUUCGCGGUGAUUUCCGCACCGGAAAGCGUCUGAACAUCAAGCGUAUCAUUCCCUACAUUGCCUCCCAGUACAAGCGUGACAAGAUCUGGAUGCGUCGCUCUAUUCCUUCCAAGCGUAACUACCAAAUCAUGCUUGCUGUCGAUGACAGUAAGUCCAUGCUGGGAAGUGGCAGUGGUCAGCUCGCCUUUGAGACACUGGCCCUUGUUGCUAAGAGUUUGAGCAUGCUUGAGGCAGGUGACUUGUGUGUUCUUGGAUUCGGUGAUGAGGACCACGUCCGCGUGGCUCACGAAUUCGGCAAGCCCUUCUCCUCCGAGGCUGGUAUGCAGGUCUUCCAACAUUUCAGCUACCAACAAACAGGCACAAAUGUUCGCAAGCUUAUCGCUGAUUCCAUUGCUCUCUUCCGUGAGGCUCGCUGGAAGCGCUCCCCUGGUUCUGGAUCUGCGGAUCUCUGGCAACUCGAGUUGAUUAUUUCGGAUGGUAUCUGUGAAGAUCAUGAAACCAUUCGCCGUCUUGUGCGCCAAGCUCUUGAAGAGCGCAUCAUGAUCGUUUUCAUUAUUGUUGAUGCGGUCAAGGGCAGCUCUAUUCUUGAUCUGUCGCAGGCUAGCUUUGAGGCUGAUCCUGACUCUGGUGGUGAGAUGAAGCUGAAGAUGAAGCGCUACCUGGAAGGAUUCCCCUUCCCCUACUACCUGGUCGUCAGAGAUGUCCGAGAGUUACCUUCUGUUUUGGCUACUGCACUCAAGCAGUGGUUUGCCGAGGUUGUUGAUGUGUCGUCUUGA